UUUUAUUAUUAAUUAUAAAUGAAAAAAAAAAAAAAAGAAAGAAAGAAUCAAGAUCAGAUAAAUGAGAGUACUAAAACAAUUACUGACAUAAAUUUGAAGAGAUAUGAACAUCUCAUUCAAUAGAAAGACAUUUGUAAUAUUCUCGAGUAUAGAAAGCAAAUUAUAAAAUUUUGGAGGCGCGAAUUCGAAAAAAUUCAAUAAGCGAAUUGAAAACAAACCAAGAUCCUUUUCUACUGUAACUUUAUAUUUUUUAACCAUGGGGCUUAUAGAAAUAAAACCAGCUACGAUUAAAGAUAUCCCUGUUAUUUUAGAUUUUAUUAAGAGACUUGCAGAAUAUGAAAAGCUUUCACAUGAAGUUAUUGCAACCGAAGAUGUUCUUCGGGAGACCUUAUUUGGUGAACAUCGUUAUGCUGAAGUCAUAAUCGCCUAUGGUAAACAAAACGAUGAGGGGAAUACACCUAUUGAACCAGCAGGAAUGGCUCUUUUCUUUCAUAAUUUCUCUACCUUUGUAGGACGCCCUGGACUUUAUUUAGAAGAUUUAUUUGUGAAGCCUGAAUUUAGAGGAAUGGGCAUUGGUAAAUGUCUCUUGAUUCAAUUAGCAGUAAUCGCAAAAGAAAGAAAUUGCGCACGUUUUGAAUGGGUUUGCUUAGAUUGGAAUAAACCUUCAAGAGAGUUUUAUGAAGCACUUGGUGCUAAACCUUUAAGUGAAUGGAUUAUUCAUCGUAUAGAUGGCAAAUCACUAGAUGAUCUUGCUGCUUUAUAAUUAAUUAUAAAACAAAAUAAAAAAAUAAAAAAAAAA